ACCCACUAUCACUCCCUCCAAUUUUGAUACACAUUCCAGUUGCUCUCGACGGCCCUUUCCCGCCGCGGACGAUCGUCGGGUAGCAUCAUUACUUCUGCCGUCGACGGACCCCCAAUUCCUCCCAUGAUGGAUGCGAAGCUCGGCCUCUAGCUUCGCGGCCACACUUUAGGCCAUCACAGCAUAGUCUAACGCGGUGCGCGUACACCCCGAGAAAGGCUGUGCCACCAAGCUGCCGCGAGCGCGAUCCUUUCUCCUGGAAAACAUUGUGUACAACGUCAAGUUGCGAGACCCUCGGCUUUAUAUCCAGCAGCGUCACCCUGCUACAGAUCCGCCGCCAUCAAUUUGUACAUCCCUUAUCCAGCAACAUGGCAUCCUCACCCACUGAACACUCCUGGACCGAGCAAUCAUCUGUUCAGAGAAUGGAAUAUCACUCAUCUGACCUUCCGCCAUGGGAGCAGAACUCGUUGGUUCAACAGGUUCCCAAGUUGCCAGAUGGCUUCGCAAGUUGGAGUCUUGCUGAGCGGGAGGCCUAUGCCGUCCACUGGCCAACUUUUCACAGCGAUCAUUUGGCAGCGAAAUCCCCUUCACGAUCAACUUCUCAAACAUCAUCUCGACAGGACUCUGUCGCGUCACAUCGGGAGAAAUCUCGACAUUAUGGCUACCGCAGUCGGUCGGAAGAUGCGUGUCGCACGGAGGCCACCGUCGUCCAGGAGUCCGCGGAUUUUGUGCGACCUCACAUGCCUGCCCCUAGCAUGCACCCUUCUACUCGCACGCCGGCUCUUGCUCCGAGCCCGAGUCAGGGAGCGAUCGUUAGAACCAUCUCCAGUCGAGCUGAUGGUCAACAAGGGGGUUCCCUGGUCGCGUAUCGCAGCUCUGGAAACACUGAUAUCGGACAAUUCGAGCACCAGACUUGCCAAAAUGAGUUCCGAUUGUCAUCUCACUCCGUGAAUAACACGCUCGCAAUUCCGGGCACGGCUUCGCGUCGACCUGUUAACACAUCACCAUACCUGGCGUCGACGACAGAAUACCCAGGCAAACGUUCCCGAAGCUCCAGCCGCGCCGACUCAAUCCGAGCACAGCAGCUGGCGUUGUCAGGUCAAAUAUCGCAUCCAGGCAGCCAAACAAGUGCUCCCGAGGUCUACGGUCUCGGCAUCGACGCUUCUGUCGACGCCAUCCUGGAAAGCUCGAGCAGCGACCGAGGCUACUCCUCGCCGUCGCCGCGGUACAACAACCAGAUGAAUCGUUCCUCUCAGCAAAUCCGGCAUCAACGCCAGCUGAGCGCAGACUACGUCGUCACCGACAUGCCCAGCCCACGUUCAGAAUGGAGCCAUGCUACAAGCACCACAUCACGAAGCACAGGAAGCUCCCUGAGCCCCCAGAUCCUGACAUCCUCCUCCCUAACCUUCAGCUCCCGUCAUCACAGUCCAGCCUUCUCCACCGUCUCCGCCUUCACCAAUCCCGACCCAUACAACCCCGACCUUCAACCUCUCCACCACAGUGAAAACAUGCUCACAGGUGAAGCCCGCGACCCAGGCUACUGGCCGAAACCCAACCCCGGUCCCCCAGCCUCGAAACAGCACCUCACCGUCGCCACCACGCCAUACAAACCCGGCCUUCCACCUUCACCAUCACCUCGCCGGCCAUCCCAUCAACAUCUCCCACCACUCUCCACCGCGCCCAAGUCACCCUCGCACGUCAUCCACCACCACCACCACCACAAUGAACAACAACUCGCCGCUCUCGCCUCACCUCCGAUGCCGCCUGCCCUCUCGCCUUCAUCUCCAUCAGACCACAAGAUGACCACAUGGAAAUCCAAGCUCCGACAUAACCUCAAGAGCCUCUUCAAAGGCGAGAGGACGUCAGUAGAGGGCAGCCAUCAUUCGAGGAAGCCUGAGCGCGAAGGAUGGCGGGAGGAGGACUUGGUGCAUAUGCCUCACCCGGACAGUAUCUAUGACUGAUUCCACCAUGUCAACUGCUCUUUAUUUUGUUUUCUCGUCUUUGAUGUUCUCUGCAUUUCUCUUUUCGGGAGGGGGCGUUUCC